AUGCUUAUGCAAUAUGCAUAUAAUAAAAAAUGUACUUUAAUUGGAGAUGAUGAGGAUGAAAAUGAUAGUAUUAAAGAAAAAGAUAUCAAUUUUGAACCAAAAUUAAAUGGUGACAUUUUGGGCGAAACAGUAAUUUCUUUAUUAAAAAAAUAUGGCCUUGACCUACAAUAUUGUGUUGGAGUUGGAACUGACGGCUGUUCGGUAAUGGUAUCAGAAGUGCGAGGCGCAGUAAAAAAAUUCAGUCAUAUGCCAACAAUGCUAUCCAUAGCCCUUGUUCAAACCACGGUCUGA